UUAAAAAGUUAGAUCCCAAAUUACUAAGAAUUUAACGAGUUAACCGACUAUUGUGUACAAAGUUACAUUAUUUAUAUUGUACAUAUAAAAUGAUAUGUUAGAUCCGAGAUAUUAAAUAGUAAAAUCAUGGAUGAAAUUUGGUUCCAUUUAACAAAUCAGUAUGAGAUAUUUCAGAUUAAAAUCUCAUUACUUGUACAACAAGGACAACAAUGGAUUAUAACGUGGCUGUCUCAAGCACAACAAGCAUUUUACAAAUUACAUAGUUACCAAAACAUUGAAAAACCUAUUUGGUUUGAUAAACUUUGGGAACAAUUGCAAAUUCAAUAUUAUAAUGCAUAUUUCAAUGUCACAGGACUUUACAGACAAAUAAAAGAUUUAUGUAGUAAUGAAGUGUCAAAGAAAGAACUUGGAUUUUGUCUAGCAGGUUUAUUACUGGGUACUCUAAUUGGCUAUUAUGCUGCAGUUAAUUGGGGAUACAUAUCACACCAUAUACCAUCUAUAAAAGCUAUCAUAUGUCAUUACUACAUUGGUAUUGAGGGUGUGUCCGUGAUAGAUGAUGCAAAAAUGCCUGUAAUUGAAAAAUCCAAUCAAUUAUUAAUACAAGUUAAAGCAGCUUCUGUUAAUGUUGUUGAUACAAAAAUUUGUUAUGGUUAUUCUAAAAUUUACAGAAAACUCCUUAAUACUGGUAAAUACAAAGACUUACCAGUAAUAUUAGGCAGAGAUUGCACUGGUAUAGUAGUAGGUAUAGGACGAAAUGUUAUUAAUUUUGAUGUUGGAGAUGAAGUGUUCUUAGCUGUACCGUCAUGGGCUCCUGGAACAAUGGCAGAAUACAUAGUUGUCUUAGAAACUCAAGCAGUUAAACGACCAAAACUUUUUACUUUCGAAGCUUGUGCAAGCCUACCUUAUAGUGGAUGCAUAGCCUGGGAUGCUUUAGUUAAUAGAUCUACAAUUCAAGAAGGCAAUGCAAAAGGAAAACGAGUACUCAUAUAUGGCGGAAAUACCUCUGUUGGUUGUAUUUUAACUCAACUAGUUCAGCUAUGGGGUGGAGAUGUAAUUACAAUUUGUAGUCCAAAUGCAAUUAUUGUAUCAAAAGCUUUAGGAGCAAAAAGUGUUAUACCAUUAGAUGGUACAAAUAUUGAAAAAGAAUUAUACUUCUAUGGCAAAUUUGAUGCUAUAUUUUAUACUGGAGGACAGUCAAUUGAUGAACGUAUAUUAAGACGAUAUUUAACAUCUUGUGGUUCUUAUGUCUCUACAGUCCCUGAACAAUUAAUAUCUGAUUCAUUAGGUUUUAUAUUUGGAAGUAUAUUUGCUGGAUGUGUACGAAUAAAGUUACUAAUUCAGUACAUUCUUGGAUUUGAUAUGCAUCAGUGGAAAGAAGGUUCAAAGAUUAAUACAAUGUACUUGCAAGCAUUAUGCGACUUAGCAGAUGCUAAUCAAUUACAGAUGAUUGUAGACAGAGUAUAUAAACCUAAUAACAUUAAACAUGCGCUGAAUCACAUACUAGAUCCCAAUGCUAUAGGGAGUACUAUAAUAACAUUUCAGUGACAACUGAAUGCUGUACAUAGAAAAAUUUUCAAUUAUAGAAGUAUUGCAAUUUUUUUAUUAUUAUCAAUGUUAUCAAUAUAUACUAUAAAUAAUAUCCAUAACGUUUAAUCACUGCCAAAUACCAUCCAAUAUUAAAGUAA